AUGAUCGCUGCGGCGAGAAAUGGCUACAUCGAGGCGGUGAGAGUGUUAAUGCUUGAAAUCAUCAGCGCACAGACGGGAAAACUGGACUAUGCAAGUCGCCAGGUCCUGACAAAAGCUGCCUCUGCUGCUGGUUCAAAUGGUCAUCUGGUUGUGGUGGAGUUGCUGUUGCUGGAAAUUGAAGCGGACGACGAGCGUGAAGACAAGCGUGAAGAGGAAAGCGACUAUGACAGUGGCGAUGAUGAGCUCGCUCCAUCACAUGACGCGGCGUGGGAAAUUCUCGAAGAGGCCUGCCCAUGGACAUCUUGGGGUCGUGGAGUUUGCGGCGGAGUAUGCACAGGUGGCCAUUUUGAGGUCGUGCAGUUUCUUCUCGAGCCUGGGCGGUACUGGUGGAAUUAUACUGAGGCGCUUGAGCUCGCCAUUACCGAAGGACAAGAUGCUAUCGCCCAGUUGAUUUACGCUGGCUCUCCGCAGUUGGAUGGGAAAAGUUUGUUUUGUAAUUUCGCUGUUGCCGGCAACUUGAAAGUGGUCACGUACCUUUACAACAACGGGCACAAUGGCCCUGAGCUGGUGAACGAUGCCUUCGUGCAGGCAGUCCGUCACGGACGAACCGACGUCGUUGCAUUCUUGCUGGGCAGUGGACCGAUUUCACCGGAGGCUUUCGACUCGGCUUUUGAAAAUGCUGCAGCAUCAGGUGUUAUUACAACCUUGAGGUUCCUUUACGAGCAAUGUCGCGCAUCACGACCCUCCGUAAUUGCAUCGUUUGAAAGAGCACCGAACGCUACUAUUAUCGAGUUUCUCGGUUCCAAUGAGAGUAUUCCUGCGACGUCUGUAGUCGCGGCGUUGAAGAACGCUACUCGUUACAUUGGCCAGCACUAUGAUAGCCGUGGCCAACUGGAGAUACUCGGGCUCUUACGGAAGCGGACGGACAUUCCUGCUACCGUCAUCAACGAAGUCGUCGCACAAGCCACGCUGGAAUUUCGCCCCGGGAUUCUGCAAACUCUGGGCAUCGACUCCAGACUGACACCUGAAGUUCGUUCUGCAGCCUUUGCGAAGGCCAUUGAUAAAGGAAAUCUCCAGGCAGUUCAGGCAUUGUUCCAAGAAAAUCAGAUUUCCCCAGAAGGAGUGGCCCAAGCCUUUGUGAGGGCUGCUAGCGCUCGACACCCACACCUUGUGAAGUUUCUGCAGGACAAACCCGUCAUUGACGCAUCCGUGGAGCAGGACGCUAUACUCGCUGCCGCUCGCGCAAACCGUAACGAGAUUACGCAGCAGCUUUUGAAGCGCAAAGUGAGGCCAAUUGAGAUUCUCCAACGAGCACUUAGUGCUACUCGUCGCAAGAAACUCAAGAAAUUCCUUCGUGCAAGCAUCGCGGAACGGCAAGGUAGUUUCUAA